UAACACGUUAAACCACUGGAAUCAUGAGCUGGGAGGGGGUGAGUGCCGCUGUGUCGCGAGCAAUGAUGGGUGCGGGACAAUGUUGUAGCCAAUUAAAGCAAAAAGUGCCUUAUGUUCGGGACUGAAAGAUCAUUUAACGAGCCGGGCGGCCCCUUAUGAAACGGGCUGCGGGUGUGGAGCUCGUUGAGGCUAGAGGUAGCUCGGAUUAAUCGCUACUUAUGCUGCGGCUUUGCGCCUGGUCUUGAGCUCUGCGGCAGGUGAGGAGCUGAACCGGGCCGGGCCGCCCUUAUGGAUCGGCAGCAUGGAUGCUUUCAGUUUCUCCUUUAACAGCAGCGGCGGCCCGGACAGCAAAGACAGCGAUGAAGCCGCAGAGCCCCGGUCGGAGUUUGGCCAUGCGGCAGCGGCGACCCCGUCCGGAGCCGGUUACUGGACCGCCGUGUUCGACUACGAAGCUACCGCCGAGGAUGAGCUCAGUCUGCGGAAGGGGGAUCGGGUGGAGGUGUUAUCCAAGGACUCGCUGGUGUCCGGGGAUGAGGGGUGGUGGACAGGUAUGAUCGAGGACCGGGUCGGUAUUUUCCCUAGUAACUACGUGAGCAGUAAUGGCAUCUCGGAGAAGAUUCGGGACACGCCGGAAGACUAUGGCGAUUAUUCGGUGCCUCAGUUACAUUUACUUCAGAUAGAUUUCAGUGAGCUGGCGCUGGAGGAAAUGAUCGGCGUCGGAGGUUUUGGAAAGGUCUACCGUGCCAUUUGGAAAGGGAUGGAGGUGGCAGUGAAAGCUGCUCGACGGGACCCCGACGAGGAUGUGUCGCAGACGCUGGAGAGCGUUCGUCAAGAGGCCAAGCUCUUUGCCAUGCUGAGACACCCCAACAUCAUGGGCCUUCUGGGAGUGUGUCUGCAGGAGCCCAACCUCUGCCUGGUGAUGGAAUACGCCCGCGGCGGGCCGCUCAACCGGGCCCUGGCUGGGAAACGCAUCCCUCCUCACACGCUGGUGGACUGGGCUGUACAGAUUGCAAGAGCCAUGCUGUACCUGCACUGUCAGGCCAUUGUACCUGUCAUCCACAGAGACCUGAAGUCCAGCAACAUCUUGAUUCUGGAACGUGUGGAGAAUGACGAUCUGAGCAACAAGACUCUGAAGGUGACAGAUUUUGGUUUGGCUCGAGAGUGGCAUCGAACCACGAAGAUGAGCGCAGCGGGGACAUAUGCCUGGAUGGCCCCUGAGGUCAUCCGCUCCUCGACCUUCUCCAAGGGCAGUGAUGUUUGGAGUUAUGGUGUUUUGCUGUGGGAGCUGUUGACAGGAGAGGUGCCAUUUCGUGGCAUUGAUGGACUGGCGGUAGCUUAUGGUGUGGCCAUGAACAAACUGUCCCUGCCGAUCCCCUCCACCUGUCCUGAGCCAUUUGCCCGGCUGAUGGAAGACUGUUGGAAUGUGGACCCUCAUGCAAGACCCCACUUCACCAGUAUUUUAGACCAGCUGACAGCUAUCGAGGAGUCAGGCUUCUUUGAAAUGCUGGCAGAAUCCUUCCAAUCCCUGCAGGAUGACUGGAAGCUGGAGGUUCAGGAGAUGUUUGAUCAGCUCAGAGCCAAAGAGAAGGAGUUGAGGUCCUGGGAGGAGGAACUGAGUCGUGCAGCUGUACAGCAGAAGUGUCAGGAAGAGGCUUUGCGGCGGCGGGAGCAGGAACUGGCAGAGAGAGAAAUUCACAUUCUGGAGCGAGAGCUUAAUGUCAUCAUUCACCAACUGUACCAGGAAAAACCACGAGUUCAAAACCGUCAUGGAAAGUUCCGCCGCAGUCGACUUAAAUUGCGUGACGGGAACCGCAUCAGCCUGCCUUCUGAUUUCCAGCAUAAGAUUACAGUCCAAGCUUCUCCUUCUUUGGACAGAAGGCGGAGCCUCCUGGGCAGUAACUCCACCCCUCCAAACAGCCCCCCUGUUUUGCCACGCCUCCGAGCGAUCCAGUUGACCCCAGGGGUCGGAUGUCAAGCCUGGGGUCGUAAUGCUGCAUUCCAGUAUGAUGAAGAUGAGGAGAGGAAGACUUCACGCAAGAAAGGGAGAACGCAAAGGGAGCACAGCGCUGAUGAGAGUUUGAGGACUCCUAAAGAGGCCAGUCGGCAGCGUUCCUGCAGUGCUCCAAACCUGCGACGUUCCCCCAGACACAGUCCCGCUGUUCCUGGCGUGUGCAGCCUGGCAGAGACUGAAAAUGAGGACUGCUGCUUCCCAUCGGAGUCAGCUGACUCCCCUGGCCAAUCAUACCUCUGCAUCCCGUUCCACAGGGAUGGAUCCACUAUGGACAGUUACGGCAUUGAGUGCGGUACGACUGGAAUGGCUUCUGAUGUUUCCCCCAGUUAUACGCGGCGGAGCCCCAGUGGAGGCCGUAAAUCAGAACUGGUAUUGCUGGGCUGCGGGGCGGCUCUGGCUGCUGUGGGUUUAGGUCAAAAUCUAUUGGACCUGGUGCGUGUGGAAGAGAUUGUACGUCCGCGUUGGGAAGGGCUGUUUCACCGUAGCGGGGGUCCAUGUCGUGGAGCCAGCCCACCCACACGCAAACUCUUCAAACGGGAAAGCCCCCGUCGCCCUCCCCCUCUGCCCACGUCCCUCACACUCCUGUCUCUUUCAUCCGUGUCUGAUUGUAACUCAACCCGAUCUCUUCUGCGCUCCGACAGUGAAGAGCUGCUUGUGCUACGCCCACCUACACCCGCUAGACAGACUCCAACUCCUCUGAACCCACUGGUCAACACCCACCUGGAGAGCUUUAAACGGCACCCUCGACAGUCUCUGACGCCCACACACGUGCCCUCUGCACCUAGUGCUGCCUGCAGGCUUCAUCGUACACCUUCAGAUGGUGCAAUAAAGAUGGGGUCCCCUUCUGCCCAUAACAACCACAAUCCUGCCCCUACCACACCCUCCAAAACAACAGUGACUCCGAGGACUUUGAGUGAAGACCCCUCAGAGGUGCCCCGUCUUCCUGAUCCAAAUCUCAUCUUCCCACCUACGCCACGUCGGCGCUUCCAACCUGAGCGUCCCAACACUCUGGACUUCCUGGCUAGGCCCCGCCCCUGUCCACGAGCUCGCUGUGGAUCCCAGUGGGGUGAAUCUCCCGCCCACACAUCCAGCACUGAAACCCCAUCCACUGUGGAGUUUGGAGGAGGUGUGGCUGUCUUGCCCACUCCAAUGGAACAACCAACCCCCUGUUCCCCUUGGGUAAAUGACAGCCUUUUGGACCAACAGGAUGAAGGACAACACAGGGAUGGGACACGACCUCUGUCGUCAGAUUCCAGAGACUCACCUUACAGAGUGCGACCAGGGUUUUGCUCCUGAUUUCACCUUCACAAAUGUAGACCCACUUGGUUUCAGAUGUAGCACUUAGACUAUAAAGUCAAUGCAAGGGGAUUUCUAGAUACCCUGGAGGAAAAAACUGCUUAAACCAGAGUAAUAUAGUUAGCUUAUUUUAGCAAACUUAAGGUUUAAGCUGGUUUAAGCCUGGUCAAGCUAGCUGGGUGGUCGCCCAAGUGCCCAAAACCCCCUCUUAAACCAGUCAUCAGACCAACUUGACUGGACUAGAAGACCAACAAAGACCAGCUUGGUCUGGUUUGAAAGUUUUCUUUUCUUUCAGUAUAUGUAUUCACAAUAUUAAGAACUGUUUUUAGUGAUAAGGAUUAAUUACCCAGCAUAAACCAAAUGAGCUUGGUUUUUGCAUAAUCCAGAUGCAGUUAUGAUCUUCACUAUAUCCAAUUCAAUAUUACAGAUUUUCAACACAUAUAUACACUCCUCAUUUUCUUCCUUUUGUAUUUUGCCAUGUUUUUCUUCUUAAAUCAAGAUUCAUUUCCUUGAAAAUCAAAAUGACUGAAUCAAAAGUCCUGUUUUCUUAAAAAAAAAAAAAGAUGUGACUUUAUGCUUAAAAAAAUUAUUUGUCCAAUUUAAAGCAACUGUAUGUAGUUUUGUGUAUUUUUGCGACUUUGAAGCCCCCUACAGUUAAGUGGGUGGAGUUCACUAUAUGGUGCAGCUAUACACCUACAUUUGUUGUUGCCAUAAUGCAAUUUGUCAUUUUCUCUGAAUUGAGUUCCCUCUCUCUAAACUUAAGUUAAUGUACUAUCAUAAUGAUUUUGAAACUCAUAUUUCAAGGAGGUUUUCUCAUUUUAAGCAUACAUUCAUUAAUUUUGUUAUAUAUUCAGAAUUUUUUAAUAUAAUUUUCUUCUCAAAGUAAUUGUAUCUUGAUUUAAGAAUGCUUCUAAUGGAAAACAAGACAAAAAAAAAAACUAAGAAAGAAUAUCGUUUAUUGCAGUGUGGGGUCUAACAGUGCAUUUUCAUAAGCUCUUCUUCAGUAAACUCUACUAUUUACCACCAGGCAUUAUAAGCUAUCAAAUAAAAAUACAAUCCAGAUGCUUCUUUAAUGGCCGGGCUGAUUUCUGAGUGCUUUAGAAAAGUACAGGGUCUGCACCUGAGAUCUUAAAAGACAUUUUAUCAGGACACAAACUUCUUUUUUUAUUCAUAUUGAGUGUAUUAUCUCAGCUGUCCUGCUGCGCUGUAUUGACUUCCUCUCUGUAUGUACUGUACACAUGUCUGCAUGUUUAUAGUAGAUUUAGCUCUCUGAACAUAGCACCGGAUUAACUGGGGAACCUGGUUUAUGGUGGAUGGUUUAUUUCUGCUACUCAUUGGAGACUUCAGGUUUUAUUUUCAUUACAUAAAUCAGAUUGUACAACUUUAGAAGUGCUUUUCCCGGUCUCAUGAAUGUAUCGUUCUGUCAUACUUCUCAUAUUUAGACCGUUUGAGAUCACUGAUUGUUCUGUGGUUUUCACUGUAGCAUGCAGCACAUAGUCUAUCACAAAUAAUAUGCUUGUUUAGUGACCUUUUCACUAUCCAAACCAUCAGUAUUAAACAGGGGGAAACGUCUUAAAGAGAAAAGUUUAAAUUUAUUGGCUCUACAUUUUCAGCUAUACAAUAGUCAGGUACAUUAUUGCAGUCUUCCGAUGUUUGUGCAUGUGCAGUAUGUGUGGUGUGAAUGUGUGUGUGUGUUAUGCAUGCAGUUCAGUGUAACUGAUGGAUUCCAAGGUGUAUGUACAUUGACUUUUGUUGGAGAUUUUUGAGAAUGCAUGUUGAAUUUGUUUUGCAAUUUUUUGGUUAUUUAAAUUAUUUUUAUAUUCUUCACAUUUUUGUUAAGAUAAAAUUGAAGAAGACAAACAUGUCUGAAUAUGUUCAGACAUUCAAGGUGAACAUUCUUUUGCAUGUUUACAGCAGUGUUGUCCUCCGUCUCAAUCCAAUCUUUCAUCUCUACACUGAAGAGGCCAUCUAGAGACAAAACAUUUAGAGCCAAAACAACUGUUUGUGUCUGUCUUCCCCUUUCUGUCACCUGAAACCAGAUUUUGAACAUUAUUUUUCAAGCAUACGGCAAAAUGAACUUGCAGUAGAAUGCAGAGUCCUGAAAUCUGGCAAGAAAAUUUGGCUGGGGAUUUAGGAACUCUCAUUUCAUUCCAUCUGUAUGUCGAACAAUGGUCUUUUUUUAUGGCUUAAAGGAAUGUGUAGCCAUCAUCAGGAACAUCUGCAAUCAUUUAUCAGCACAAUCACUGUUGUCCUGAAGAGCAGGUGUUUUGGGUUCAGAAGCUGCUGCUAUGAAACUUGUACUUGCACCCGAGCACAUUAGACUUGUGUAAGAGCUCAAUUAAAGCCCUGAAAUGCUGA